AUGCAUUGUUUGAAAACUCUUAGGACAGUCAACCCCGCAGUCUUGCAGUUGUUGAAAAAUGCAGGAAUCGUGACAAGAAUUGGAGCUGACAGCAGUGUUUUGUCCAGGACGCAACAAACUGGUUUUUUGCCAUGCCGUGUCACAGCAUCACCUCACACUCAAAGGAACCUUCAUCACCAAACCGAUGCUGAUGUAGACGAGGGACACACCAAGUUGAUGUCCAGUAUGGAGGAUCUACUUUUCUACACCAUCACCGACGGCAAAGAGAUGAUCCCCAUCUCGCAGUUCAUAUCAGCUUUGAGAAAAACAGGUCUGUGGACAUCUGACCCUCGGCUACGUGACUGUAUGCGCCAGAUUCGCCAAGUCACACUUGACUCUCUGGGCCCCGUCAUGAUGGACAAAACCCUCUUCAGAAGGUGUGUAGGUAACAACAUUAUGUUGCUGACGAAGGCCUUCCGAAAAAUGUUCAUCAUUCCAGACUUUCAAGUGUUCACUCAGAAGAUCAAUGAAUUAUACGACAGUGCACAAGAGCAAGAUGGAGGACAUGUAGCUGAUUAUAUUCCUCAGCUUGCCAAAUUCAGCCCUCACCUGUGGGGUGCGUCGCUUUGCACCAUUGACGGACAAAGACACUCAGUGGGUGACACCAAGGUUCCCUUCUGUCUUCAGUCUUGUGUCAAGCCACUGGAGUACGCCAUCGCUGUUCACGAGCUCGGAGGCGAGCACGUACACCAAUAUGUGGGCAAGGAGCCCAGCGGGUUCAGGUUUAACAAUCUGUCCUUGAAUGAUGAAGAUAGGCCACACAAUCCAAUGGUGAAUGCCGGAGCAAUCGUUAUCAGCUCUUUAAUAAAGCCUAACUCAAACAAAGCGGAAAGGUUCGACUAUGUAAUGGAAUUUUUUAAGCGAACAGCUGGAACAGAGUAUGUUGGCUUCAGCAAUGCAACGUUCCAGUCAGAGAGGGAGACAGGUGAUAGGAAUUAUGCAAUUGGUUAUUACCUCAAGGAGAAAAAGUGCUUCCCUGAGAAUUCUGACAUGACUGCUGCCCUUGACUUCUACUUUCAGCUGUGCUCCAUCGAGAUGACAUGCGAGUCAGGUAGCGUCAUGGCGGCCACCCUGGCAAAUGGAGGCAUUUGUCCAACCACGGGCGAACGCGUGCUGAGCACGGAGGCCGUUCGCAACACUCUGAGUCUUAUGCAUUCUUGUGGGAUGUACGACUUCUCCGGACAGUUUGCCUUCCAUGUUGGCUUGCCCGCCAAAUCUGGGGUUUCAGGAGCCGUGCUCCUGGUGGUCCCGAAUGUCAUGGGUAUGAUGUGUUGGUCCCCCUCUUUGGACCGCCUGGGGAACAGCGUGCGCGGCAUUCACUUCUGUCAGGAGCUGGUUUCUCAUUUUAACUUCCACAAUUACGACAACCUGAGACACUUCACCAAGAAACAUGACCCCAGAAGAAGCAUGGAUGACGAGCCUAACAAGUCAGUCAUAAACUUGAUGUUUGCGGCCUACAGCGGCGAUGUCGCUACUCUCAGGAGGUUUGCUCUCUCAACUUUGGACAUGGAGCAGAGAGACUACGACUCUCGAACAGCUCUCCAUAUAGCUGCCUCAGAAGGUCAUGUAGAAGCUGUGAUCUUCCUAACUGAAGAAUGUAAAGUUAAUCCUUUCAUCAAAGAUAGAUGGGGGAACACUCCUCUAGAUGAUGCCGGACAGUUUGGCCAUCAUGUCAUCGCCAACAUCUUGCAGCAGUACCAGCACGUGUACAACGACAGUGAAUCGUCAGACUACAAGGAGGAGCAGAAGACCAAUGUGGACACGCUGAAGAGCCUCAACUGA